AUGGUGGUCACCCAGUUGUUUCAAAAAUUGGCAGAAAUUCAAGGACAGAAAAAUGAAGCAAGGAACUUCAAGGAACGCUUCGAUCGGUUCCGUCACACGAUUCAUCAGAUCGAUGAGUUGAAUAUGGAAGCAAAAGUAAAGAUGCUGUUCGCAUUAAGCGUACCAGUCGAUGCGUAUUUUCUAGAUGACAUGAAGAAAGAUGCGGACGUGUCAGUUGAUGAGUGGUCUCGAAUCACUUAUUACAAAAGGAAAGAUGGAGAGCUUGAAUUAAAAGGAAACCAUCCCCGCCACGUCUUCGUUGAAAGAGACUCAAAAAUACAAGGCACGUUACGCGCCUCAAAAAUACAAGGCACGUUACGCGCCUCAAAAAUACAAGGCACGUUACGUGCCUCAAAAAUACAAGGCACGUUACGCGCCUCAAAAAUACAAGGCACGUUACGUGCCUCAAAAAUACAAGGCACGUUACGUGCCUCAAAACUACCAGCUGAUUCAUUGGCAACGUUGACUCAAUAUGAAGUGGGAACUGAGGGAGAUGAUUAUUACAGUCACUUUCUAGUGAAUGGAGGUGCUUCGUUCACCUAUGGAAAUGUAUCGGCUGAGGCCAUCCGUGAAUUGAGUGCCUAUGCUAUAUCUGCAGCUACCACGAACUGUACAUCAUCCUGCUUGACUUCCGUUUCAGCGUUUUAUAAAGCAGACUCUGAUAAGUUGACUCUAAUUAUGCUCCGCCCAUCUGAUGAAUCCCUUUACCCUAACUACACAAGUAUGGGUCUUCCUCCUUUCCUAUGUGCAACUGUUUCUGGAAACUGUGGAUCUACGAAACCCUUAUACCAGUUCUACUCAUCCACAUAUGAAGACUACUAUGCUGACGUUGAGCAGAUGAAUAACACCAAUGCCACGUAUUCCGUUGCGAUGAUGGGUGAUCCUUUGUGUUAUCUAUGGAUCCCAUUGACAACUACAACAACUACAACGACGACUACAACAAGCCCACUUAACACAACAACUACGGUACCUGUGAAUGGAACAACAACUACAAUCCCACUGAAUGAAACCACCAACACGUCACAAACAAAUGAGACAACAACAACUCUGCCCAUCAAUGGAACUACAACUACUCUUCCCUCAAAUGGAACCACAAAUGGUACCACCACCACAACACCUCCAUCAAGUGGAAAUGUCACAACUAACACAUUACCGUCGACCGGAACCAAUACAACGACUCCAAGUUCAGGCGGAAACAACUCCACUAAUUCUCCAGAUGGCGGAGGAUCCGGUGAGCCUCCAGGAAACUCGGAUGGGGAUAAUGAAGAGAAUAAAGGAUGGUGGCACACUUGGAGAUGGCCAAUUAUCGUCGCUGCUUGCUUAACUGGAGCAUCCAUAAUUCUGUCCCUCAUUGCCUGUCUAACAUGUUGCUUCAUUGGAAGUGCCGCUGUCGCAGCCAAACCAUACUCUCCUCCCCCGAUUUACACUUCUCCAUCUCCCCCAGAGCUCCCACCAAAUCCAGUUGAGGCGCCAUCCGUCCAACCGUUCACCGUCGGAUUGCCACCAAGUGUUCCCUAUUAA